UCUGAUACAUUUGUACAGUUUAGAGCUCUACUUUGUGCAGCACAAGCAGUCGGUACCUACGUUCAAUAUGAUACUUUUUUAAAUCACGGACGUACGGUACAUAUCAAUUGAACAAAAUUCUUUUAAGUUCUCCUUGAUUGAAACUCAAUUUAAGAUGGAAUUCUAUGGAUUCUAAAUUGUUAAAGUUAAUCUUGUAAAACUAUUUUCAUUUUAUUAGUCAAUUAAACCUCGUUAAGUUAGAUAUUAUUCUAAAAUUGUUUGUCACGAUACGCCGAAAGCCUGUGAUGGUAUAUGUAUGAUAUACAUGCGAAUAUUACUUGCAACAAUAAACUGCUAGGUAUCUGCUGUAUUUGAUUGAUCACAAACGUAACAAGAAAAGACAUGCGCCGUUGUUUAAUUCGAAAAAGCGAAAAGAUUUGAUGAUCGUUCAGAUAACGGAUGAUAUGAUUUAUUACGUACCAUUGAUAACGACAGUGUGAUAAUCCAAAGCAAUAUCUAUUUUGUGAAAUUGCCCGUAACAGUAAAAGUAUCAUGACCAAGUGAUCGGCCUGGGACGAUUUUAAUUGAAAUAAUCGAAUAUUUCCAUUAAAUAUGAUUGCGCGAAUGACCUGCGAAUUAAUUGCCGAUCCGUGUAAAUACGCUCCGUCGACCGAGGAUAUUUUUUUCCCGUGGUUUUCUUACGUUUAUAUUUAAAAACUUGUAUCUCGUUUAACGAAAAAAAAAUAGCGAUACGUUUCGUGCUGGUAAAACUAGUAAAAUUUCUUAAUUACUAUCACGCGUGAUGUCGUGUUUGAAAUAUAUAUACGUGAAAAUAAUGAAAAAAAGCCACUACGAGAGAUAUAUAUUUUGAUAAAUAUACCGCAAUAUAUUAUUAUUAUUAUUAUUAUCCACAUAUUAAGCGAUAGUUAAAUCAAUAGGGCCACUCAUACUUCAGCGCUGUCCUACGUAAUAGACCGCUAUGCUUUCUAAAACGGCUCUAAAACGCACGACCGCACGCGCGAUCCUCACAAUGUAAGAUAAGAUAAUGAUCUCUAAUACACUAGAAAGAAAAAAAUAAUGUUGCAGACUGCGUCAAUGCUGCACAUAUCCAUAUCAUCAUCAUCUUACUAGCGCAUUAUAUUUAAAUUGUCGAGAGAUAAACGAGAGAAAACGAAAACUUUAUACACAUAACAUUAUAGAUAUAAUACACGUAUGUACAUCUUCAAGUCUCUGAAUUUUAUUUCUCAGUGCUGCUUUUGAUUUCUUUGUAGACGGAUUUGCGCGGCGGCCCUAUCAGAGCCGUAGAUAGGGCUGUAAAUAUGCAAUACGGGAACUGAUGGAGAGGGGCAUACGUUCUUUCAACCACGCUCUCUACACGCGUAUAUACGCAUGUUCUUUCACGUCAUACGCAGGUGUACACACAUCCGCGAUACCGCAAUCCGGAGGAAAAGAAGCCGGCUCCGUUCGUCGAGCGUAUUUUCCGUUACACCAUCUCGGGCAAGAAUCACUUGCAAUCGGCAAUUUUUCUUCUAUCGUCUCGUAACAGUAACAGAACAUGUAAUUUUAUACAAAACGUGGAUAAAUUUUCUGUAUUGAUCAGUGUCUGUUGUAAAUAAAACCAACUCUGAAGUCUGAAUUUUCUUUAAUUGUAACCGUUUUGGAAGAUUAUGCGAAUCAUUAUGCGAAUUAUUGCGGAAAAGCAUUCUACUCAUUAUUAGAUUAGAGUCCGCCGUAUUUUAAUCAGUGUACCUGUCGAUGCGUUGGAAAGACGAGCAGCGGAAGUAUAAGAAAAUGACGGCUACCGAGGAAACGGAGCCGUUGAUAGCUACGACGUCGGUAUCUUCCGUCAGUAAGACUCAAAGAGUCACUUAUCAUACAAUUUCUUUCGAAGGUAAUGAAAGAGAUACGUUGCACGGCGGAAUCACGGCGGAGACCUCCUUUAAUCUUAAAUCGAUUUCGAACGUUUCGACAACCGUAGAUUUCAACAACGAAAAUUUUGGCAACAAUAUUACGUACACGUGGAGCGACGUAAACGUGUAUUAUAGUGUGAAAAAUGACAGAAUUUGGGAUCGGUUGAUGUUUAGGACUAGAAAAUCCGUCGCGCAGAAACACAUAUUAAAAGAUGUAUGUGGAGUGGCUUAUCCUGGCGAGCUGCUCGUAAUCAUGGGUGCGUCAGGCGCAGGCAAGACAACUUUGUUGAACGCAUUGACGUUCCGUUCAACACGCGGACUAUCUGCGUCCGGUUUGAUGGCUGCCAACGGCCAAAGAAUAUCGCCGGGUAUCCUUACGUCGAGGAUGGCCUAUGUUCAACAAGACGAUCUGUUUGUUGGCACGCUGACCGUUAUGGAACAUUUAAUGUUCCAGGCGGCAGUGCGGAUGGAUCGGCAAAUCCCUCGUAACCAGAGAAUUAAGCGAGUUAGCGAGGUCAUUGAUGAGCAGCUCGCUCUUUCGAAAUGUCGAAACACUGUGAUUGGGAUACACGGCAGGGUGAAGGGCCUUUCAGGAGGCGAGAUGAAGAGGUUGUCCUUCGCUUCCGAGGUAUUAACCGAUCCUCCGUUGAUGUUCUGCGACGAGCCGACGUCGGGCUUGGAUUCCUUCAUGGCUCAUCAGGUUGUCUCCAUUCUGAAAGCAUUGGCGGCACGUGGUAAAACAAUCGUUGCGACUUUACAUCAGCCCUCUUCGGAGCUGUUCGCUAUGUUCGACAAGAUUCUGUUGAUGGCCGAGGGAAGAGUCGCCUUCAUGGGUACAGCCGCGCAGGCUUGCACUUUCUUCAAGACGCUCGGUGCCGCCUGUCCCAGCAAUUACAACCCUGCUGAUUUCUUCGUGCAAGUGUUGGCCGUGGUGCCGGGACGCGAGUUAACUUGUAGACACGCCAUCGAAACGACGUGCGAUACUUUCCGGAGAAGCGAAUACGGUGCGAGUAUCGCCCUAAAGGUCGAAGCCGUCCACGGCGAAUUCGAGGAUACCCUCAAACGGUUCAAAUACUCCAAGAAUUUCGGCCAAUCGGUUUACAAAGCGAGUUGGUGCGAACAAUUUCGCGCGGUUCUGUGGCGAUCCUGGCUGUCAGUGAUUAAGGAACCGAUCCUCAUUAAAGUUCGCCUGUUACAAACGAUCAUGGUCUCGCUGCUGAUCGGUGUUAUUUACUUCGGCCAGCAAAUAGAUCAGGAUGGCGUGAUGAACAUCAACGGUGCCCUAUUCAUCUUCCUCACCAAUAUGACUUUUCAGAAUGUCUUUGCAGUCAUUAACGUGUUCUGCGCCGAAUUGCCGAUAUUUCUUCGCGAGCACAAAAAUGGUAUGUAUCGCACCGACGUCUACUUCAUCUGCAAGACUCUAGCGGAAGCACCGAUAUUCUUAGCAAUACCGCUGAUCUUCACCGCUGUCGUUUAUCCUAUGAUCGGCCUCUAUCCAGAUGUAAAGCACUUCUUUAUCGCUACUGCUGUAGUAGCUCUCGUAGCCAACGUGUCGACUUCAUUUGGCUAUUUGAUAUCUUGUAUCAGCAACAGCGUAUCUAUGGCCCUCUCCGUCGGUCCACCAGUCAUAAUACCGUUCUUGCUUUUCGGUGGCUUCUUUCUAAAUACAGCGUCUGUACCGUCCUACUUCGUGUGGUUCUCAUAUUUAUCUUGGUUUCGUUACGGCAACGAGGCACUUUUGAUCAACCAAUGGUCAGAGAUCGAUUCUGUAGCGUGCACCAGAAGUAACGUGACGUGUCCAAAAUCGGGACACAUGAUUCUCCAAACUUUCAAUUUCAAAGAAGAGGACUUCUGGAUGGACAUCCUUUGCUUGUUCGCGCUUAUUGUCGCAUUCCGCUUUCUAGCUUUUCUCGCGCUACUGUCAAAAACUUGCCGUUCACACUAAUCUUGUCAUCGUCAUCUUUAUCCUUUAUCCAUUUAUUAUUUUAAACGUCAAGACAUCUAUAUACAAGAACCAGUAGUUUGCUCUAAUGCUGCGUGUAUUUUUAAUAAACAAUUUUAAUAAAAUUGUCUGUCUUGGUGUAUUGACUUUAGUAGUGCCUACGCCAAAAAAAUAUUUACAAUAAACAAAUUUUACAACUAUAUAGUAUACAUUUACAUAAUAGU